UUUAGGCCAGUCCAAAAGGAGGCGCUCCCGACGGUACCUGCAUGCAUGCCCCACAUGUUAGGUUAGGGGCGCGCCUACCUUAUUAUUACUCGAGUACCUUCAUACUUCACAUCAACGUCCUCAAACAUGAACACAGAACCUUUCCCACUUCCAUCACAAGGCUUGUUGAUGUUCUGAGCUACGAUUGUCUGACGCGAAUUUCCUUUCUGAUACAACUUUUCAUCAACCUCUCAUCAGCCAUUGAACCUUUUGGUAGGCUGAAAGUACUGCUUCUCGAUCGACUAGAAUCUAUUCACAACAUCUAGCCUAUCGCCCUCUUUAUCCUCUUAUCUGCCUCAAUUUACGACCAAUCCAAAUUCAUGGCACGACCCGUCCAUACGGAGAUGCAAUCUGCAAUCACUCUCCACCCAGAGG